UUAACUUCAUUAUUUUUAUACUUCCAUUCGCCAAAAUCAUAACUUCACAAAGUCUAGGCAUCGAUACAUGUUUCAAUCGAACCAUUAAGCUAUUUAGAAAAGGCUAAAUCAACCAAAAUAAUGCAAUUAAUGCAAAGUCAUGUCUUGCGCAAGAUUAAUUCUUGUCCCAACUUAAUGAAACAAUUUACAAGGUGCUUCAAUUUACUUCCCCAGAGCAGAAAUCUUUCUUAUCAACCUGUGAUAAAAUUUAAGUCACAUACAUAUACAAGCGUCUCUAGGCGCCUAUUAUUGCCUUACCAAGACAUUACCGCUCAAAGAAGAAAAGGCACUAUGGCUGACCUGUCGCAAUUUAUUCUGCCAAACGACCAGCCUGUUGUUUCUCUUGAUUGCGAAGAGGCUUUCAACGCCCUGACAGCCAAGGAGAAGAAGUAUGCCCACUACCUGAGCCAGGCAGCCUGGACAGGAGGACUUGUUGUCUUUGUCCAGACCUCUCCUGAGUCGCCUUUGAUUUUUUCCCUGCUGCACAAAUUGUUCCUCUCGCAGCCCAUCAAAGAGUUGCAGAAAGUAGCCACAGAAGAGUGCAAGCUGACGGAAGAUGAAUUCAAGGCUGUUCUUGUGUACACUUGUGGUGUCUUGACCAAUGCUGGGAACUACAAGGGCUUCGGAGACAGCAAAUUAGUGCCUAAUUUGAGUGCUGACAAAUUUGAGAGCUUGAUCCUGGCCAGUGCUGCCUUCAAAAAGGAGCCUGAAAAAAUCAAGUUCUUGUGGGAAAAAAUCAAGAAAAACAUGUACUCCUUAGACACCAAGCAGAGAAGUCUCGGUCUUGGAGAAAAGGGUGUCACCACAUACUUUUCCAGCAACUGCACUAUGGCAGAUGCUGAUCUGAUUGGUGAGUUUAUGAAGAAGAAAAACAUCGAAGCCUACAAUAACCGACUCUUCAAGACUGUUGAAAAUGGUGUCACUACCUACGAGAUCAGGAUGGCGUCCAGCCUUGGGGGUGAGGAGCCAGGAAUCACACAUGCUGAGGAGGAGUUCCAGGGGUGCAAAAUUAAAAUAACCCGAGGUGAUUACGGUGCUUUGAUUGGAAAGGUUGCUGAACACCUGAAACUGGCCAAGAGUGUUGCUGCCAAUGAUAAUGAAAUCCAAAUGCUGGAAAAUUACAUCAAGAGCUUCACCACUGGUUCGUUGGAUGCCCACAAAGAUGGUUCGAGGUUUUGGAUCAAGGACAAGGGGCCAGUUAUUGAGACUUACAUUGGUUUCAUCGAGACGUACCGUGAUCCAGCUGGAAUGAGAGGAGAAUUUGAGGGUUUUGUGGCCAUGGUGAACAAAGAAAUGUCAGCCAAGUUUGCGGAGCUUGUCGAUAAAGCCGAAAAGUUCCUUCACCUUCUGCCAUGGCCAAAGGACUACGAGAAGGACAUCUUCUUGCGUCCAGACUUCACUUCCCUUGACGUUCUCACCUUUUCGGGAAGUGGCAUUCCAGCUGGAAUUAACAUCCCGAACUACGAUGAAAUCCGCCAAAGUGAAGGUUUCAAAAAUGUUUCCCUUGGAAAUGUGAUUCCUGCAAGCUAUCAGGCAACUAUCACUCCCUUCCUGUCUGAGAAGGAUCAGGAGCUGCUUGCAAAAUAUCGUGUACCUGCAUUUGAGGUCCAAGUUGGCCUACACGAGCUUUUGGGCCACGGUAGUGGCAAAUUGCUUCGCAGGGAGGAGAAUGGCAAAUUCAACUUCCCUGCUGAUUCUCUCAUUGAUCCAGUUACAGGCAGCAAGGUCAGCAGCUGGUUUGAAGUGGGUGAGACUUACGACUCGAAGUUCACUACCAUGGGAUCGACCUAUGAGGAAUGCCGAGCUGAGUGUGUUGGCUUGUACCUGAGUCUCAACAAAGACGUUCUCGAGAUUUUUGGUCACAAAGGAGAAGUCGCUAAUGAAGUCAUGUAUGUGAAUUGGAUGAGCUUGAUCUGGAACGGAGUGGGAAAAGCCCUGGAAAUGUACCAACCAGAAACUAAGUCUUGGCUGCAGGCUCACUCUCAAGCCAGGUAUGUGAUCAUGCGGGUUCUGGUCGAAGCUGGCGAAGGUCUGGUGACCAUCAAGGAAACUGAUAAUGGGACCAAUCUGCUGCUCACUGUUGACAAAGAUAAAAUUGAAACUGUAGGCAGAAAAGCCAUUGGCGACUUCCUCCAAAAACUUCAGAUUUACAAGGCUACUUGCAAUGUGAAGGCAGCCAAGGAAAUGUAUGACAAGUAUUCAGAGGUCAGCGAGAAAGGACCUUACCCUUGGGCUAAGUGGAGGCCCAUUGUUCUGGCACACAAACAACCACGCAAAAUGUUUGUCCAGGCAAACACGGUGCUCAAUGGUGAAGAUGUGCUCUUGAAAAAGUAUGAUCCUUCACCUGAGGGUUUGAUCACUUCAUGGGUGGAAAGAUUCCCUACUACUGAAGUUGACUGUCUGUUGGAGGAAUUGUGGAAAAAGGAUGCUGCUCAUUUUUAGGGCAUGAGCAUUUUUAUGUAUUGCUGCAUUUUUUUAAUAAAUAAAUUGCAAUUAUGAAAAAUAAA